GUCGAUGAUCACUUUACACAGUUUCUCGCACUGAUAGGGAGCAUUAUCAAUUAGGCAUCCAAUGCUGUGUGGUUGACCCCUUUUCGAACGAUACUUCAGUCUUUUUGUAUCACUUCUCAGUGAUGAAAAAGGAAAACAAGAGAUAUUAUGCAGUAGUUUCCGGACGGGUUGCGGAAGCUACGAUAUUCUCCUCUUGGGCAGAUGCACAUCCGCAUAUUACUGGCUGUGAUUCAACCUUCAAGGGCUUCGCAACUCUAUCUGAAGCCCAGAAGUAUCUGGAGGCCAAGGGAAUAGACAAGCCUAGAUUGGUGAUUCGCGAGAGCUCUAAAGAGACUCGUACUCGGUUCUCUCGAGGGAAAUUUUAUGCAGUGGCCCUUGGUCGAAAACCAGGGAUGCCGAAUCGCAAGUCAAUGGGUAUCCGCAUGCAUGUUACAAGUGCUUCACGACACAUGCUCAAGCACAAGACUUCAUUAGCAACUGGAAGGAAUCUGAUGCAGAUGUUCGUCGGAGAGAUGAGGUCACUGAACCAGCAAGCUGCCUCAGGCCGAUUGACUUGAAGUCAAGUUUCCAUGAUCUCCAGCCUCGCCAGAGAGAGGACAUCAGCGAAUGGAUCACCGCCGGGAUGAGGAACUUUCACAUUGCAGAAAGUAAGGAAGACAAGCUUUAGGAACUGGAUUCUGGAGUAGGACAAAAAUAAAUACAAAGCAAUUGCAUCAACACAUUCGCACAUCCGCACUAGAGCCCCAAGAG